AGUUGGCGUUGCAUUUGGCCUUCCCACUCUCAUCAUAAUGUGUUUUGGGGAUCUUGCCACCAGUCGGAAAGAAAACUGGAGUUUUGACAGCGCAACAGUCCGAAAUGUAGCACUGCGUUAUGGGACUAAACACAGGUGACUGUGUGUGUGAUGUUUAGCGCAUUUUGGGUGGUAAAUCCAGGAAAAAUGCGAAGAGAUGCAGAUGCAUUGACUCUGAUGUGGCUUCUCUAUUGGAUCUCAUACAGCAUGUGUCAUUCUCCACCCGGUCGGCCUAGACUUACAAAAUGUCGGUCCCCUGAGAAAGAAACUUUCACGUGCUGGUGGGAGCCCGGAUCUUCAGGUGGAUUGCCAACAAGUCACCAUCUGUAUUAUAGAAAGGAGAGCUCUGUGGAAGUCUUUGAAUGUCCAGAUUAUCAUAAAGCAGGAAACAACUCCUGCUUUUUCGAUAAGCAGCACACAUCGAUUUGGAUCAUAUACAACAUCACGGUGCUUGCGUCCAACGCGCUGGGAAAAACCUAUUCGGAAUCUGUGGAAGUAGAUGUUAUGGAUAUCGUUCAGCCACACCCUCCAGAAAAUGUAAAUGUGACUGUAAAUCAGACUGAGAACAGCUUUUAUGUCCUGUUGCGAUGGCGGCCACCCAGUGAUGCGGACACACGUUCGGGCUGGGUGACAAUUAAAUAUGAAGUUCGCAUUAAAAUGGAGAACAGCAAGGAGAAGAAAGACUGGGAGUCAUAUAGUGCUGGAAAACAGCUGGAGUUUAGCAUCUACAGUCCUCAGCCAGGAGCAUCUUACCAUAUACAAGUGCGCUGUAAACUCGACCAUGGCAUGUGGAGUGAAUGGAGCUCACCCGUAUCCAUCUGGAUCCCAGACAAAACCUCAGAGACACAGAACGAUGUGAUGAUCUUCGCUGCGUCUCUAACAGCCUUUAUUUUCUUGCUGAGCGCAGCAUUGCUGGCAGCCAAGAUAAAACACGUCAAACAUUUUCUACUGCCACCAAUUCCAGAACCCAAGAUCAAUGGCUUUGAUACUCAGCUAAUUAAGAACGCAACGUCUGGAGAGAUCUUCGAUGCCCUCAUCAUUCAUGGAUAUCCACAGAUAGCCCAGGGCUCGGAGCGUGACGUGGAGUAUCUUGUGAUCUCUGAAGACGACGAGGAAACAUUUGAUGGAAAAUGCUUCACAGAACCUGCCCAAAAGUUCAAGCAAAUCGGUCAGAAGAGCACUGAGGAACUGAAGCGGUUGAGCUGCCCCGGUCCAGGCCGUGACCCUCAGGACUACAGAUACGAGUAUGAAGAUACACUAGCCACAAUCCAACCUGAAAUAAGUUCAGAGCAUCUUCAACUUGAUGGUUCAGGACAGCUUCAACUUGACCGUAGUGGCUUACCGAUAAACGCUCAGGACCGAAAUCCAGCCAAAUACACUUGUUUGAGUAGCGACCGCCCACGAAAACUCAGCAUCAGCCCUGGCGAACUCACAGGUUACGUUGAGGUUGAUAAAGAGAAACGAGAACAGGAACCGCUGGAGGACUACAGUAAGAUCAGUGAUAUUUUAAGUGACAACGUUCUUGUGCUACAUAAAGACACAAACGUACAAAGACAUAAAGAGAUCAAAUGUGACAAAACUUUUGAAACUGAGAUUUCAACCGGUUCAACAGAACCUCUGGAAUAUUUGGAAACUGUGACAACGUUUUCAAGCUGAUCUUGACUUUGCCGUGACCACAACUUUGGGAUCAAUUUGUUCCCCCAUUGAAGCACUUUUUCGACUUUCAGUAAUGUUUUCUCAUCUGUUAACCUGUGCGUGGUGUUUAUUGUUUUACGGAAAUCGAGUUUAAUAGGUUUGUAAUGGUUAUUAAUGUUGACUUUUCUAUGUUGACUUACUCAAUAUGGGUCUAAAUAGGAAGCUGCUAGAACGUCCUUAUAAAAAACCAUUACACAUCGACCAACGGCUGUUAAAAAAUACCUUACUACAGAUCAUUAUAUUGAUUGGUAAACCUCUCUCAACAUUUUUUCAACUAACUACCUCACCAAAGGAGACAAACAAAACACCACAAGUUUUUGCCUCUCUUUCUCUCGCAAUGCUUGCUACCCUUUAUUUUCGAAGGUCAUUGUUGCUAAACAACGUGCUUUUGAAUAGUUGUACACAUUUAAAAAAAAAACUAUUCUUCUAUAGUUAUGCAUGAUGAAACUAGCAAACCAAGAUUUCUUUGACUGGUCAAAAUGAUUUUACAGUGUAUUGUAAAUUGUACAGAAACAUAUGAUUAUCUUUAAAAAACAAUAGCAAAACCCCACCCCUAAAACCAACAUCACCGAGGCAAAAGCAAAUCAUACAUUUCUGGUCUCACGAGAAAUCGUACAUAUUUUAUCAGUUGGCGAAUUCGUAUGAAGUGAAUCAUACAAAAACUAUGGAGCCCCUAAGGGGACAUGGAGCAAAAAAUAAAUAGUUUAGUUUCGUGAGCUCACGUGAAUCUAUUGCGUGCGCACGCGAUAGAUUCACGUGCUCACGCAAAAGUUUCAUGUUAGCAUGCAAAACUAAACAAAAAUUCUGCACAUAAAGGUUUCGCGUGAGCACAUGAAACUAAACUUUACAUUUUUUUACUCCAAUGUCACCUUAGGGGCUCGGUAAAAAACACAUGAUUUUUGUAAAAAAAAAAAAACAAUAACAAAACCUCACCCCUAAUACGUUACUGGGGCAAAAGCAAUCAUACACAAAUGUAUGAAAGUGGUUGUACGAAUUAGCCACCUCGUAAAAAAACGUACAAUUUAUUUUAUUUAUCACUAAAACCUUAUUCACUGUAAAUAUGUAGAUUCAAUAUUCAUUCACAAAGUUCAUGUUUGAACCGUAAAAAUGAAUAUAUCCAUAUAUUCAUACAUUUUUUUGUACUUCAAGUUGUUGUGUAAUGUAUUAGUGAAAUUGUUCAUUUUAAUGAUGCCAACUAGAGUCAAUACUACUACUGAAUAAUAGAUUACAUUUGUGCAAAACGCACACAAGGGUUAUCAAAACCUAACCGCUGUCAAAGCUUAACCAAACACGAGAGCAGUGAGCCGAGAAGCAGGUUAGACUCGGAGGGCUUUGAUGUGGGUUUUCAUGUUGUAUACGACCUGAGAGAAGCGAGUUAAUGCAGACGCAGGCGGGUCAGCAGAUCUCAUCAUGGAACAUUUAUGGUCUGCAGUGCAGCAGUAAAGAGUUACUUCAAGUCAAACAUUGACCUGACGCUAUAUGGGAACAAACAUUGGGUUCAGGAUGAAGGAAAUGGAAGUAGUUUGAAUUUUAAACAAUCCUAAUGCAGAUUUUACUGCAGUUUCAAACUGGAACGCAAGCCAUUCCUAUUUUUUUUGGUCAUUUGGUAUAUUGUGGUAAACAUCUAUGCAUUUUGUUUGAUACUUUAUGUUGGAAUUAUAAGAAGAUGAAAUGAACACUGAAACAAUUUUACAGUAAGGUUGUAUUUGGUUUACAUAGUUAAUGCAUUUGAUAACAUGAACUAUAGUUCUACAUCAUGUUAAUUUCAUACUAAUGCAUUUUGUAAAUCAAAAGUUGUAUCUGUUAACAUUAGUUGAAGGUGCCAAAAAUGCAUUGAAAUAAUAUGUUGAAAUAAUAUGAUAUUACAAAAACCCUACGAUUUGUCCUUUGAAAGAAAUGGUCUAUUUUUGCCCUAUUUGGAAGGGUCAUGAAUAAUAAUGUUGAGCUCUGCUCUGAGGCUCAUGCCAGUAGCUCGCAUUUGUAUACAGACCUUAUGUUUGAGCCUGUAUCAGACAAAAAUACAGAUUUUGAGUAACAACUAAUUGUUUGAAGAUUGUUAAUGGACGUUUCUGAGUGGUAAGUUUGUGUUUUUUUCAGUAUGGACCUGCCAAACUUAACUGUAGAGUCAAUAGGACUUUAGUCUAAACGCUAGCAUGUAGCAUUAAUUAGCAUAUAGCGCUAACUCAGCAGUCACAACUUUGUUUUUUAGCAUUUUAACAACUUUGUAAUUAAUUUAAUGUGUAAUUUAAUGUUGGGGCAUACAUCGGGGCAUGUAAUGUCACAGUCAGUGUUAUGUUGAGAUUGGCCUGUUUUCCAGCUGUCUUUUGCAAGCACAAGGUUUACAUAAAAAUGAGUAAAACAAACGCAUUUGAGGCUCACAAUAUGUCAUUACCAUGAACAGAGCUCUUAUUAUUCAUCUAUGCCUAGGUAUAUACAGUUUUUUAUUUUAUGGCACCUUUAAUGAACUAACAUGAACAAUUGUAUUAGCAUUAACUAACAUUAACAAACAUUAAUAAAUGCUGAAUAACUAUAUUACGCAUUGUUAGUUAAUGUUAGCAAAUGCAUUAAUGUUAACAAAUACAACCUUAUUGUAAAGUGUUACUAGUUGUUGAAUUUCAAAGACACUUAAUUAUUUUUUUCCAUAAAUAUGUACUUUUGAAUAUUAGCUUUUUGUAAUAAAAUCUAUCAGAAACAAAA